AUGAGUCUCUACUUGAUCGUGCUCCUAUUCGUUGCUGUUCUUUUGGCAAACAUAGAACAAGCCACCUCCUUCGAGCUGACCACUGCCGGCCAUCGAGCUGCCAUCCACCCCCUCGCCGACCAUCAGAGCCUUGUCGCUCCUAAAAGGCUGAUGCGACGUAAUGAUGAAGACAACGAUGAAAGAACAGCCGUAAGGGGUGCAACAAUCACAGAGCUGGCAACAAAAGUCAAGGGCGGCGCGUCAAAACUUGUUCGGAAAUUGGUGAACAUUAACAACUAUGAAGAUCAAGUGCUGAUGAAACUGAAACUCAGUCAUCAUGUUGAUGACGCCUUGACAAGCUCGAAUCUGCAGCGUUUGGCUGAAGAAGUCCAGAAGAUCAACUCAAAGAACACCAAGAAAACAAUCUCGGUGGUUGGAACACUCACCUUUAAGUACGGAGAUGACGCUCUGGCUAGUGCGCUCGUGAAGGCAGAAGGGAAUCUGGGAUCCACGUUGCAAAUAAAAACUCUACGGCAGGACCAACUGAGAAGGUGGCUUGACGGAGGCAACUCCGCUGACGACGUUGCCAAGCUACUGAAGUUUGACAACAAUAAAAUGUAUAAAGUGCAGAAGUUGGAGGUUCUGGACGACUACGUCAAGCUCGUCAACCCUCAGAAUUACUACCAUACCCUGCUCAGCGCCUUGAUCAAAGGGGUUCCCGAUGAAAGGAAGCUGGUGGCUCUUUUGAGUGCUGCGAAGGAGAAUGCUCGUUUUACGAAGACGGCAAAGUAA